AACGCAGAAAAGCAAAUUCUUUCAAAUAAUUCCAUGAAGGAAUGUUCAUGUUUUUCAAUUUACGUGUAAAUGCGUAAAAAUAUUAUUUCAUGUUAGUAAUACAACAUGAUUAGAAAGUCAUCCUUCAGUGUAUCCCGUUAAGUAGUGGUAAUAACGUUUAUCUGGAAAAUUUAAUCAUUCCUGUGGGAUCAAAGUUUGGGAGGCAAACAAUACAGCCCACGGAUUUUUUUGCUGCCGUUAAAAUGUCAAACGUACAUUGCCUAUUUUUGUAGUGCAUGUAUUUGGUAUUGAUUUUCCGUUUAUUUUUAUCUAUUCAUAUCAAAGUGUGAUUUUGAAGAAGAGAUAAUUUAGUAACGAGUAAUAAAAAUGGAAAAUAUUAAAUGUAGAUUCCUUGGAGGCUGGUUGUUUCAAAUACCAAAGGGGUUUGCCCGGUUUUGUUUCAUUCUAGCAAAUAACCUGUAUUGCAUUCCCACAUAUGUAAUAUGGAUGUUUUUACUCCACCCAUUACGAAAAGUAAAUUCAGAGUUGUAUUGGAAAAUAGAAGGAUAUUUCUUUCAUUGGCUCCUAGCUAUGGUAGCAUUGUGGUCGCAUUCAGCUGGAUGUGAUGUUGUAGAAGUUGGUGAUGAUAUAAGUGAAUGUAUAGAAGAAAGAACAUUAAUUUUAGCCAACCACCAAUCAACUGGUGAUGUGCCUUUACUCUUUGCCUGUUUUAAUGCAAAGAAACAUGUUUUGCCCAACAUCAUGUGGAUAAUGGACAGUUUGUUUAAGUACACGAACUUUGGGGUAGUGAGUGUUCUACACCAAGAUUUUUUCAUUAUGUCGGGGAAAACCAAUAGGGACAAGUCUUUGCAAUCCCUCGCUAAUCAUUUGCUUGAAAAAUACACUCCACUUCACAGGAAGUGGCUGAUGUUGUUUCCUGAAGGGGGUUUCCUUCGAAAAAGGAAAGCAGUUUCACAUCGUUAUGCAGAAAAGAAUAACCUGCCCAAAUUUGAGAAUGUGUCUUUGCCCCGCGUUGGGGCAAUGAAGAUUAUUAUGAACACAAUAGGACCAAAAUCAUCCAUCAACAACAAUGCCAAAACCGCUAAUUCAGAUGUGAAAAAGGACUGUAUUGAAUGGGUCCUUGACAUAACAAUAGCAUAUCCAAACGGUGAACCUGUUGACUUUAGUCACAUAGCUUUCGGUCACCGUGGACCAUGUCAGACCGUAUUAUUUUAUCGUCUUUAUCGUGCUUCAGAGAUACCUGAGGAGACCGAUGAAAUGACAAAUUGGCUUUUCAAACGAUGGGAGGAAAAGGAGACCAUGUUGCAAGCUUUUUAUGAUACUGGCUCAUUUCCGAUGGAGUACAGCAGAAAGAAACCGUGCCCACCCAAAGUUGUUGUGCAGGACUAUUUAAGGUUCCUUUUGCUGCACAUCUUUUUUAUCAUAUCGACGUAUAUUCACGUGCGAAUGGUUUUGGCGACAUAUCAUUUAUGUAGGUCGUUUUGUGUUUACUAGCAUUUCCAUAUAGACUUUUUGGUUUGUUUAGUUAGGUAUUAUAUGCUGCUGUGAUUGAAGACAAAACGAGAUAUGGGGGUGGGGACUGGCAGCUCUCCAAAAGCCUGCAUUUACUGAUGGACAAUUUUUAUCCUAAUUUUUUUUACUAUUUUAAAAUACCUCUGAACAUUUUCAUAAACGUUGAAACUACUCAAAUUGUCUCAUUUUCUUGAUGAACUAAAGGUAUGAAUUUACAUAGUCUGAAUUUUUAUGAUACUACCUACAGUGUUGAUUACUCAGUAUCUAUCUUUCAUUCUACCAAAUUACAAAUCAAACUUGGGAAUGAGAUCUGCCCGAUGAAAGCUUAACUGUGAAUUAAUAUUUUUGAGUAAAUGCAAUAUUAUCUUUCGCCUAAUAGAGCAUGGUCCCAAGUUUGGUGGAUGUUUGAUGUUAAAUUUAUUAAUAACUAAAUAUUUAUUGAAACCAGUUGCACUUGGUAAUUGACUUUUUAAAUCAGGGCAUUUGUUGGCAGCUGAAUGUGUACUUUAUGAGCAAUUGAACUAUGUGGAUUGAACCGUAGGGGACUGUUUUUUAUAUAAUCGACAUCAUUCGGGUUAUGUCCGUAAACAAAUUGUGGGUUAGGUGGUAUUUUUCUCAAAACUUUUUAUUUAUUCACCUUUUGUGAGAAUUAUCUUUUUAUUGUACAGCAAUGAAAGUUUGAUUGAAAUGUACAUUUUCUUUUUCUUUGUACAUUUCUUUCCAACUCAAACAAAGCAGUGAGAGUGCAGUAUUGCAUGACCCUUUAUGACCCCCUCUUUUGAAUUUUAAAUGCACACUUUUUAAGAGCACACAACUAUUAAAAGCUUUACCGAAUUAUGUAAAUUAUGAAGUGAAGUGUACAGUAAGAUUUUUGCCAUACUAUGACACCGUAGGUUUUUAAUACUUGAGCAAUUUUUGUUACCACUUAUUUUGCUAUUUGGCAGAAUAUUCUAUUUUUAAGCGAGGUUUUUUGAUAUUGAAAACAUCCGUGUCUUAAGAGUAUAUGGAAGUAAACUGAAUUUUUAAGGGUAUUUGGGACAAUAAAAAUGUAGUUGGAAUAGUAGAAACAAAAUCCCUUGUAAUUAACAGUUUAGAAUGUGUUUCUUGGAAGAAAGUAACAAUACGUACAUACAAAGAACCAAAAAAAAAGGUUUUGAUUUCCUGUGGAAUUUCUCAUAAGAAAGAAGCAGAAACAGACUGGAAUUUUUUUGGCUCGCUUACUAUGUCUUAUGUGUAGGUAUUAGGUCCAAGAAAUUGCAAAAAACAGGGUGUCCUAUUGAAUCAAUUAAUAAAGGGAGUAAAGACUGUUUAAUCGGGACUAUUACAAAAAUUUGCUACUAAUAAUUAUUUCUUUCAUUUGAUUGACUUUCGAAGCGGGAAGAAUUAUUGUUCCAGAAUUUUGGAUAACAAAUUUGUUGCUAGUUGAUUUUUUUCAAAUUGUACCAAUUUAAUAUCUGACAAGGUGUCGGAUCUAUGCAAAUUUGUAUAAAGUUGUAUAUUGUGUAUAUUUGAGGCUUUAAAAUUGGAACAUUUUGCUAUUUGUAUGUAUUGAUAAUUUCGUGGAACACUAUAAAUAUAAAUAGUCCGGACUGUCUUGUCUGAUUUUGGAGUUGGCGUUUCGGUCGAGAUUGCCCUUAUGUGACGGAAAAUCAAAAGAAAAUAUAUAAAAUUUUGUCAAGA